GACUGCCACGUAACAUAACAAACUAGCGUUUGACCAGUGAAGGUUACUCAAAAUCUCGCUCCAAAAGAAGCGAGGGAAUAAGUAACUGUAAUACAAUCUGUUGAUUUUCUUCGCUUCUUUGUUGAGUGCUGAAACAAAUAAACAACUACUACUUCUUCUAUAACAUAUAUAGCAUUUCACCAACACAAAAACCCUCCCAAAACUUGCAAAAUGGAAGACACAAAGACAAAACUACCCUCACAUGAAUCCACCAUCCCUCUCAUUGCUAGGUUGGAUCAUCUUGAAUUCAUUAUGAAAUAUUUGGAAAGAAAGCAAAGAAGUGGAAACAAUAAUAACAAUAAUAGUAAUGUUAAUGUUAGUGCUGAGAAACAAUCUGGGGAAUUGAGAAAGAAAGAUGCAUUUUUCAAAGGAACAUUGCUGGAUAGGGUGGCCUCUCUUGAACACAGACUUUAUCAGCUUUGCAUGGAAAUGGAUUCAAGUGGCAGCUCUUAUCCUUUGUCCAUAACUUCAACACAAGAUUCUGGAGAAUCUUCUUCAAGCCAGGAAUCCAAAGGAGAAAUAUGUUACUCAUUUCCAACCUUCAACAAUCUCCCAAAUCAUGGACACAAAGCCAUGCCUCACAACCACACUAGGACACUUCUUGAAUUGCAGGAACAAUGUGAGGGCAUUAAGAAUCCAAAGAAAAAUUCAAGCAAGCAGCAGGUGGUGAAAAAUAAUAAAGCAAAGAAGAAGGAAAAGAAAGGCACUGUCUCUGUGGCAAAGAAACGGAAUCCACCAAUUAGUUGGCCACAUUUAAAGCUAUUAGGCUGCUAAUGCUCCCAAAAUCAUUGUUUAAUUCUAUAAUUAACGGGAACAAGUACCUUAUUAUUAUAUUCUAGAAACAACAAGAAUCAUUAGGAAUGGUCAGUUGACUACUUAAUUAAAAUAUACUUAAUUAACUUGUCCCCUCAUUAAUUUUGUGCUAUUACCAAUUCCCGUUAAUUCUCCCCACAACUUUUAUUUACCUGAUUGUUGUUAUUAUUAGACAUUUUGUUCGUAGUAUUA